CGGAAAAUCUUCCAUUUAAUUUGAUUUUAUUGGUAAAUUAUUUGAUUGAACAGAUUCUGAAAUCAUAUUCUGCACCGAAUCGAAACAAUGCCAUCAUUUAAUCAUGGUUUUAGAGCCGCGAAGCUCUUAAUUGGAGUUUCAAGUGGGGUUGCGUUUGGAGCAGCUGCAAUGAAAUAUUCCCAGCGAGAGCGAGAUGGAUUCCUCCCCACAGCUCUGGCGGCGUGGACUACCAAUCACAACCCAAGUGUCAGAUGGGAUUCCAACUGGGACAAGAGAGACCCAGAAAGCUUGAUAGAUCCAUCCAGGACUGAGGUUGACUCUAAGGAUCCAACAGCCAGACUGUCUGGAGCAAAACCAACAGCAACCAGGCAUCUGAUCCUCAUCAGACAUGGACAGUACAACACUGAUGGGAUCACUGAUGAUGUCAGGAUACUCACUGCAUUGGGACGGGAGCAAGCCGAAAUGACAGGAAAGCGACUGAAGGCUCUGAACCAUCCCUAUACUACCAUCAUCAACUCUACCAUGGCCAGAGCUAUAGAAACGGCAAACAUUAUCUGUGAACAGCUACCAGAUGUACCUCGUGAAUCAUGUGAGCUCCUGAGAGAGGGUGCACCAAUACCCCCUGAACCACCAGUGGGUCACUGGAAACCGGAAGUCAAGCAGUUCUAUGAGGAUGGAGCUCGGAUUGAGGCUGCAUUCAGGAAAUACUUCCACCGAGCUGACCCUGAACAGACGAAGGAUAGCUUUGAGGUCAUUGUAUGCCAUGCCAACGUCAUUAGAUACUUUGUAUGCAGAGCAAUGCAGUUCCCGCCUGAGGCUUGGCUUCGCAUGAGUUUGUAUCACGGUAGUAUAACAUGGCUUUCACUGCGUCCCAGUGGGCGUGUCUCACUUAGAACGUUAGGUGAUGUAGGUUUCAUGCCAGCUAAUAAGGUCUCUGUUGCAUAACUAUCGUCCUUGCCAGGCCAACUAGUCUUUCAGGAGGAUAUAGAUAUUUUAAAAGCUCUAUCCCAGUUGGGUUGGAUCUAACAAUGUGAGUUACUGUACUGUAAAUGCAAAGCCACAUUGUGUUUUUUUUUAAAUGAUGAAUAUGAAGCAAUUAAAUUCAACAUACAUUCAAUAGUUUGUCCUUGUUUGGGGAUGAAGACACAUCUGGGGCCCAUAACACAAAGGUUAGUAAUUAAUUGUACUUCAGUCAUGACAAUCAGUCUUACAAUCAUUCAUGAAGAUUUGUGUUGCUGCCUUUGCUGAUUGUGAAUCGAACUACCUUAAAGGCAGAGUCAUUAAGUUGAUUUGAACUAAAUAGAGAAGAAUCCGUUUCGAAUAGUACCAAGAAUUUCAUCAAAAUUUGAUGGAAAAUGUGCAGUUUUUGACAUUGUACAUGUGCUUAUUUUCAAAGCUGAAAGCAGAAAUAGUUGUAUUUGGUAUUCAUUGAAUGGCCAAUGUGUUGAUAAGCUUUAUUUAAACUGCUCCUAAAUUUGAAACAUCACACUGCAUUGAAAACGGCUUCUGAAAUCUAGCAUUCUAUAAAAGUACAGUCUGAAAUUCUUGCUUAGUUUGGAUUUAAACUCAAGUUGAUUUUUUAGAAUACAACCCAUGAGUCAAUGAGUAAAGCAAAAUACAUUGAAAGCCAUAACUUUCAAUGGAGAUUAGAUUUCAUUGUACUUGCAAAGAGAAUGCUCAUUUAGAUGUUAUUUUUUCCUACUUAUUUUUCAUUUUUCUUGUAUCUUAUAUGUACAAGCACUUCAUACAAUUUCUUACUGUUGUAGCAUUUACUUAUUUUUUAUACUAAACAUUUUUUCAUCAAGAUUAUGCUGACUUAAAUGCUAUUUAAAAUACAUUUUGUAUUCAUGCAUGAAUUUGGCUCAACAUUUCCCAGGUAAAAUAUGUGCAUGUAGUUUGAUACUCAAAGCUGAAAUAUCGAAUUGUUUCCUACUGGUGUACAAUAGUCCCCGUACACAUUCAGUAGGAAUUCAGUUGUGAAUGGGUUUUAAAGAAUAUUCAGUAAGUUUCUGUAAUACCAAAUGUGUUUCCCUGAUUUAUUGCAUAUUAAAAUAAUGAUCAGAAAUGUUGAAUCAAGAAACUGCUAUUCUUUUUUUUCUUAGAGGAAAAACUGCAUAUAGUGAUGUUAAUAAAUGAUAAUGAAAAGUACAAGAUAAUUAACUGUUGGUUACCCUUGAUAGGAAUUAAAUAAUUUGAAUAUUGUGUGUAUUUUACAUUUGUUUGAUUC